CAGAAGGGGCGCAUGUUUUUAAACAGUAUAUACACAGAUGGAUAUACUUGUAGAAUUUCUUUUCCAAGGAGAGUCCCAGAAGUCCUUGAUGAAGACAAAGUAAUUCUUGAAAUGGCUGAUUUCAACACAGACGAAGUUGAAGAAUUUUUCCGUCCUUGUUUUCUGGAUCCUGGCCGUAAGAAUGCAUAUAUAGCGUAUUAUGGAGAUGAACAGGUCAGGUCUCUGACAGUGAAUGAAUACUAUCACUUUUCUGGGUCUAUAAAUCAAGCAAGAGAACAAAACGCCUUAAAAAUCGGACAAGGCAUAAAAGAUCUGGAGACUGGAAUCCCGACGACUAAAACUUCUUCUGUUGAUUCUUAUAUCAACCAUAUAGUAUAUGUAUUGACUCAUUUGGGUCGUUUUUUUGGCUUCUAUAACUUUAGGACAGUUUCAGAUAAAUGGAAUAAUUAUUAUGGAAGACAGUGUGCCCUCGAAGAAGCUUGUAAUAUUUUGAUUAAUGGAGGAAAAAAAUAUAAUCGCAAUAAAAGAAAGAAGACUGGUUUCAAUAGAAAGAAAAGGAAGAAGAUGGCCGGGCGAAGAAGUACUAAUAGGCGUAACCUCCAACUAUUCAUAUUUUAGAAGAACUAACCACAAAAGCCACUUUAAUGAAGGGGACACGGCAAAGAUGCCUUUAGUAGUUUUUGGUGAUAGUGUAAAAGGGAGAAGCCAUGUAAAAUAUAGAGGACGAAGAGUUGGCGUUUCGGAUAUUAUUUAUAAGAAUUUGAAA